CUGUGGCCACGGGCUCCCAGCCCCGAGAACAUGACAACAGCCCAGAACGGCCAUGGGCGACUUGCCGCUAUCCCAUGUUCUGUCUCUGAUCCCAAAGACCCCAAAAUGGUGACUUACCCAGCGUGUCAGAAUGGAGGCUGCAGCAGCAGCUACUGCGGGGAGGCGGAAGCCCAGGAGGCCAGACUCAGCCCUGCCAAGCUCAUGCGCCUCUUCUCCGUGAGUAGGAAGAGGACCAGCACCAACCCAGAGAGGCCCCGCUCCAUGGUCCUGAUGGGAAAUUCCUCCACCUGGAAUGCCCUUGCCUCCUUUCGGAAAAUGGGAUCUUUCAAAAAACUGAAAUCCUCCGUCCUUCAAGGAAUUCAGAACCGAGAGGGGUCAGAUGCGGCAAAGGAAGACCCCCCGGAACGUGAUCCAGGGAAACCCAUCCCAAAUGGUGCUGCAGUCGGAAUGCAAACCAGCAAGUGCCCCUCUUCGGGACCAGCAAGUGACGCCCCGAAGGCAGGGCCAGGGGGCACGUCGGACUGCUCCGACCCCGAGGAGGCCGACGACACCUUCCAGAGGAGCACCCAUCGGUCCCGCAGCAUCCGUCGCGCCUAUGGCCUGGGCCGCAUCAGCCUCCUGGAUUGCGAGAAGCAUCAAGGGUCCCAGAACCACGUCCGGCCGCUGGCCUCUGUCACCCAGGAGCCCACCGUGUGUGAGAUCCUAGUGAAGGACUCCGAGAACAACAGCAUCAUCUACAGGAAAAGCAAGAGCACGGAUAACUUGAACUUUCUGAAGAAGAGCUCCUUCAAACGGAAGUCCACCUCAAAUCUCACGGACCUCAAGGGGGCGCCUGAAAAGCCAGCGCCCCGACGGACGCUAAGCAGUUCAUCUGCCGACUCGGAAAAGUUCGGUGGGUCGGAGAGGAGGACGAAACGCUGGAAGAGCCCACUGCGGGCCAAGGACUUUGACAGAGUCCUGAGGUUUGUGAGUAGCGCCACCGACGCGGCCUGGAGGAGAGAGAGCCCCAGGAGCGGGGCGCCCUCGCCCGGCGAGGCGAGCCAGAGGCUGCAGGUGCACAGCCGGCUGCACGACGCCUACUCCCGCCGUGUGUCCACCAGCGCUGAGCGCGAGUGGAGGAGGUGCGCAGGCGCGCACGCCGGCUCGGAGUGCGGCCCGGCUGGGGCUCCGAGCCCCCAGGUGGAUGUGGACACGGCCGUCUUUCCUCUGGAAGCCACAGGCUGCGGGGCGGCCGGAAGUGCCCGUCCUUGCGCUGGCAGCGCCUCAUCGAGUCCAGUUGCCCAGGACUCCGAUGAACGCCAAGCUGGCAGCCAGUUUAUUUUCGAACCCGAGCAGCCGCUCACCCCCGCAAGGCCUACCACACCCAAGCCCCCCAGCCCUCAGAGCCCAGGGGCGGGAAAUGCCACGUGUCCCAGCAGCCUCAGUGCGCCGUCCCUCAGUUCAGUGGACAGUGAAGAAAGGGCAGAGGGGCCUGUGACCUCCCAGGAUUCUGUGCAAGCCGCGUGUGACAAAGGCAGUGAGGACCGCGCUAGCAGCCACCCUCAGCUGAGCCCCCACCUGGCGUCGGGUCCAGAGGAAAGGAGGGAGGAGGUUGUGACAGAGGGAUCCUGGAGGCGGGACUCAUCCCGGGAUGAAGAAAGGUCGGAGUCUCAGAGGAUCACCAGGAGGAAGUGGGGUUCUGGGAGGAGAUCAAGGCCCCGACCGCUCUCUGACUAUGGCCAGCUGGCCACCCGGAGUCUGUCUAUUCCCGAAGACUCAGUUGCUGUGGACCCCCAGAAAGAGGACACCGUGGAGGGAGACCACCAGCCAAACACAGCCUGUGCAGACGCUGCAGACCAGAACCCUACCGUGGGCUCCCCCAAAGGAAGCUGGAGAAGACGCCCCAUCUCCGUGAUAGGCGGGCUCAGCUUCUAUGGGAACAGCCCGACAGAGGAAAUAGAGAGUCUUCUAACCCGACCGGCAGCCAGGCCUCCUGUGCCCGCUCACCAGGUGCUGCCCUACAAGGCGGUUUCGGCCCGGUUCCGGCCCUUCACCUUCUCCCAGAGCACCCCCAUUGGGCUGGACCGAGUGGGACGCCGGCGGCAGAUGCGAGCAUCCAAUGUCUCUUCAGAUGGAGGUGCAGAGUCUGCGGCCUUAGUGGAUGACAAUGGCAGUGAGGAGGACUAUAGCUAUGAAGACCUAUGCCAGGCCAACCCCAGAUACCUACAGCCGGGUGGGGAGCAGCUGGCCAUCAACGAGCUGAUUGGUGAUGGCAGUGUGGUCUGCGCAGAAGCCCUGUGGGACCACGUGACCAUGGAUGACCAGGAACUGGGCUUCAAGGCAGGAGAUGUCAUCCAGGUUCUGGAAGCCUCUAACAAGGACUGGUGGUGGGGCCGGAAUGAGGACAAGGAAGCCUGGUUCCCCGCAAGCUUUGUCAGAUUGCGUGUCAAUCAGGAAGAACUGUCAGAGAAUUCCAGCAGCACCCAGGGCGAGGAGCAGGAGGAUGCCGGCAAGAACCGCCACAAACACUCGGAGAGCAAGCACCAGAUGAGGACCAAUGUCAUCCAGGAGAUCAUGAACACUGAGCGGGUAUACAUCAAGCACCUCAAGGACAUCUGUGAGGGCUAUAUUCGACAGUGUCGCAAGCACACAGGAAUGUUCACUGUUGCACAAUUAGCCACCAUUUUUGGAAACAUUGAAGAUAUUUACAAAUUCCAAAGAAAGUUCCUGAAAGACCUUGAGAAACAAUACAAUAAAGAGGAACCUCAUUUAAGUGAAAUAGGAUCUUGCUUUCUUCAACAUCAAGAGGGCUUUGCCAUCUAUUCCGAGUACUGUAACAACCAUCCGGGCGCCUGCGCCGAGCUGUCCAACCUGAUGAAGCAGGGUAGGUACAGACACUUCUUUGAAGCUUGCCGCCUGCUCCAGCAGAUGAUCGACAUCGCCAUCGACGGCUUCCUGCUCACCCCAGUGCAGAAGAUCUGCAAGUACCCCCUGCAGCUGGCCGAGCUGCUCAAGUACACCACGCAGGAGCACAGUGACUACAACAACAUAAAGGCAGCCUAUGAAGCCAUGAAGAACGUAGCCUGUCUGAUCAAUGAGCGCAAGCGCAGGCUGGAAAGCAUAGACAAGAUAGCGCGGUGGCAGGUGUCCAUCGUCGGCUGGGAGGGGCUGGAUAUCCUAGACCGAAGUUCCGAACUGAUCCAUUCUGGGGAGCUGACCAAAAUCACCAAGCACGGCAAGAGCCAGCAGCGGACGUUCUUCCUGUUUGACCACCAGCUGGUGUCCUGCAAGAAGGACCUGCUGCGCAGGGACGUGCUCUACUACAGAGGCCGCACGGACAUGGAUGAGGUGCAGCUCGUGGACCUGGAGGACGGACGGGACAAGGACUGGAACCUCAACGUGAAGAACGCUUUCAAGCUCGUCAGCAAAACCACUGACGAAGUUCAUCUGUUUUGUGCCAAAAAGCAGGAGGACAAGGCGCGGUGGCUGCAGGCCUGCGGGGAUGAGAGGCGGCGCGUGCAGGAGGACCGCGAGAUGGGAAUGGAAAUUUCAGAAAAUCAAAAGAAACUCGCCAUGUUAAAUGCUCAAAAGGCAGGACACGGAAAGUCAAAAGGCUACAGCGGAUGCCCUGUGGCCCCGCCGCACCAGAGCCUGCACCCCCUUCACCAGCGCCACGUCACCGUGCCCACCAGCGUCCCCCAGCAGCAGGUAUUUGCCCUGGCUGAGCCCAAGAGGAAGCCAUCGCUCUUCUGGCACACGUUCAACAAACUCACCCCUUUCAAGAAAUGAAAACGGG